GCUCACACGUGUUUCCCGAGCAGACGGACGCACGCGGAAUAGUAAGAUGGCGGCGGACGGAGGCCGAUCUGCGCUACCCUGCGCCUUCAGCCCUAAAUCACAACAGUUCCUGGCUCUCUGCGCACAGGACGGGAGACUGCGCAUCUGGAAUACCGACAGCAAAACUCUACAACAGGAAUACGUGCCUUCCGCGCACCUGAGCGCAGCCUGUACCUGUGUGACAUGGGGACCGUGCCGAGCUGUUCAGGAUGUGCCACAGAGGAAGAGGAGGAAAUGUGAGGCCGGGUCGUCUCCUGAGAUGUCAGAUCUGUUGGCGCUGGGCACUGCUGCUGGGUCGGUUCUCAUCUACAGUACAUUGAAGGGAGACCUGCAUUGUACUCUGGAGGGAGGGCACAGUGGAUCAGUGAACAGCGUCCAGUGGCAUCCAGAAGACUCAGUGUUGUACAGCGGUUCAGAUGACACACACAUAGCCGAGUGGGACUUGCAGACAGGAAAAGUUCGUUGCAAAUGGAAGGCAGACAGAUCAGCUGUCAGCGGCCUGUGUAUAAGUCCAGAUGGAAAGCUGCUGCUCUCGGCGGGAAUGACCAUCAAGAUGUGGAACCUGGAGACUAAGCAAGUGUACAGGAAAUUCACAGGUCACUCUACCAUGGUAACGACUCUGUGCUUCGCCACAACACGACCCCCAGACAGUAAUGGGAUGUACUUCUUGUCAGGGGCAGCUCAUGACAGGCUCUUGAGUGUGUGGCAGGUACAGUCCGAUGGCAAAGACAAGAACUCUGUGGUGUCUUUUACUCUGACAGAUGAACCCCAACACAUAGACCUUCAGACAUCCAACUGCAAAGAUGAGCCUGUGAGGUUAGCAGUGGUGUGUAAGGACGGUCAGCUUCAUCUCUUUGAGCACUUUCUCAACGGGCCGUGUAAGAAGCCGCUGUCUCCAGUGUGUUCCCUGCAGGUGUCCACUAUGAAGGGAGACUCACCAGUGCCUGUGCCUUUGCUCGCAGCAGCUCUGUGUGCCGACAGACAGAACCUGAUGCUGGCGUAUGGACAUCACCUGCAGCCGGUCAUGGAGAAAACUCCUUUUAACACGUCAGAGAGACACACAUGCUUAGUCAGAGAUGUACAUGGCACUCUUUCUCUCUCUGUAGACACUGCUGUCUCCAAGGUGAAGACACCAGUUGUUAAUAAACAGAGCAAGGUUUUAGUACCAGGACUUCCGGGACACAAGGCACCAAUCAGAUUAACUCCCAAUGAAGCAGAGAAAAGGAAAAAAGAGGACAGUACCACAGAGAUGUCUAUCGAGGAGCGGUUGGAGCAGAUUGAGUUGAGUGUUGGAGGGAGGGAGGCUGGUAAAGGCACGUCCUCCCUGCAGACGGACAGUUUUGCUGUACUGCUUGUGCAGGGACUGGAGAGCAACGACCAGCGGAUCCUUACUAAAAUAUUUCAAACCAAAAAAGAGAUUUUGAUAAAGAACACUGUUGCCCGGUUACCACCUCAGGCUGUCCUGCCAUUACUGGAAGAGCUGUCCAGGAGACUGCAGGGACAUCCAUUUGCGGCUCUGCUUAUAGUUCAGUGGUUUAAGGCUGUACUUACACAACACACAUCGUACUUGUCUUCGCUGCCAGAUCUAGUGUCUCAGUUGGGCUCCAUUUACCAUAUGAUUGAGAGCAGGGUAAAGUUAUAUCAGCAGCUCACUCGACUCCAUGGCAAAUUGUACCUGCUCAUGACACAGGUGGCGACAAACAACAGCGCUAAGAAUGUUGGUAACAUUUCUCACAAAGCAAAGUUGGUUUAUGAAGAAGAGUCUUCAGAUGAGGAUGAAGACUCAAGAGAUGAAGGGCGUCCUGAGGAUGAUUCGGAUAACUGGGAGGAGGACGAGGCAGCAAUGGAAUUGACAGAAGACAAAAAGAACCACAAAGAUGAGGAGGACGAUGAAGAGGACGAUAUGAAUGAUGAAUCAAAAGCAAAUGGUGAUUCAGAUCUGGACCCUGAAAAUGAGAGCGAGGAAGAAUAAUACACAAUCAGGCCGCAGAAU